CCUUGAUCCUUUGAGUACCCUCCUCUGGACACAUUCCAGCUUAGAGUCAACCUCUCCCUUCAGUUGUGGUGCCCAGAAUUGGACAGAGUAUGAUUCCAGGUAACGUAGUCUGGCCAAGGCAAAUAGAAUAAAGCAUAGGGAGCAUGACUUCCCUGGUCCUAGGCACUAGGACUCCUCUUGAUGCAGCCCAAAAUCCCAUUGGCUUUUUUUUGUCACUACAUGACAUUCCUGGCUCAUGUUUAACUUAUUGUCCAUGAGGACUCCAAGAUUGGGUUACCGUAAGUUUUUUGGGUUGUAUGGCCAUGUUCCAGAAGCAUUCUCUCCUGAUGUUUCGCCUGCAUCUGUGGCAGGCACCUCAGAGGUUGAGAGAUAUGGCCAUGUUCUAGAAGCAUUCUCUUCUGACGUUUCACCUGCAUCUAUGGCAAGCAUCCUCAGAGAUUGAGAGGCAUGGCCAUGUUCCAGAAGCAUUCUCUCCUGAUGUUUCGCCUGCAUCUGUGGCAGGCACCUUCAGAGGUUGAGAGGUAUGGCCAUGUUCUAGAAGCAUUCUCUUCUGACGUUUCACCUGCAUCUAUGGCAAGCAUCCUCAGAGAUUGAGAGGCAUGGCCAUGUUCCAGAAGCAUUCUCUCCUGAUGUUUCGCCUGCAUCUAUGGCAGGCACCCUCAGAGGUUGAGAGGCAUGGCCAUGUUCCAGAAGCAUUCUCUCCUGAUGUUUCACCUGCAUCUGUGGCAGGCACCCUCAGAGGUUGAGAGGUAUGGCCAUGUUCCAGAAGCAUUCUCUCCUGAUGUUUCGCCUGCAUCUAUGGCAAGCAUCCUCAGAGAUUGAGAGGCAUGGCCAUGUUCCAGAAGCAUUCUCUCCUGACAUUUUGCCUUCAUCUAUGGCAGGCAUCCUCAGAGGUUGAGAGGUAUGGCCAUGUUCCAGAAGCAUUCUCUCCUGUUGUUUCGCCUGCAUCUAUGGCAAGCAUCUUCAGAGGUUGUGAAGUCUCACAACCUCUGAGGAUGCUUGCCAUAGAUGCAGGUGAAACAUCAGGAGAGAAUGCUUCUAGAACUUGGCUAUAUACCUCCAGCAACCCAGUGAUUCAAGCCAUGAAAGCCUUCGACAAUACAUAGGAGUGUCUUUGUUAGGGGCUUGGUUAAUGGAAGUGUGUCUGGAUAGGAGCUUGUAAGGGCUCUGGCGUGAUGUCCAACCAUGCAUGUCCCUUUCUCUUUGCAGGGCUUGGCUGUCUUCUCCUUGCUCCUCAACAUCGGUCUCGUCAUCCUGGCCAAUGUAGACACCACCAGCUAUUUUGCCGUCCUUAAUGAAACCUCCCCUGUCCCCCAUCUGCACCACUGGACCUUUUUGCACAAGGCGGCCACUCCCCUCCUCUACCUGGAGCUCUUCUUCAUCCUCUUAUUUUCCUUCAAAUUCUUCCUCCGGCUGGCCAUCUGCCCCAGCAAGAAGAAGUUCCUCCUGAGUCCUCUGAACGUGGUGGACUUCCUCUGCCUCCUCCCGGUCCUCAUUGAACUCCUCUCAUCAAAAGAUAAGUAUCUCAUUGCAUGGCUUGGUCUCUUCCGCAUUGUCUACAUCUUCAAGCUCCUGAAGGUCUUCCGCCUGGUGGAGACUCCUCUGAUGCUGAGGAUCCUGCCCAGCCUGGCCAAGGCGAUCCUGAAGGAGGUCUUCCUCUUUGUGUUAGUCUUCGCCUUCCAAGUCCUCUUCUUCGGCUCCCUCUGCUACUACGCAGAGAUGGGGGAGCCCGAUGUCCACAUGGACAAGAUCACCUAUGGCCUUUGGUGGGCUUUGAUCACCUUGACCACCAUCGGGUACGGAGAUGUGUGCCCCGUGACUACGUUCGGGCAAGUGGUGGGGGCCCUCACAGCCAUCACUGGGGUCCUCUCCCUCAUUGUCCUUACGGUUGUCUUGAUCGUCAAGCUCAAGGGCUUUUACGAAGCUGAGGUGGCCAAGGAGAAGAGGGCCAAGAGGCAGGCUGCCUGAAGGCCAUUUCGCACAAGAAGACCUCUUCCAUGGCUCUUGGACCCUUCUUGAAGAUGUCUCUUUGGCUAACAGAAGUGAUGAACACCUCUCUCCUGCCACCCAUUCCUUGUUUUGACCACCCAGUGGUUGAUACCGUAUUUACUCGAAUCUAAUGCUCACCUCUUUCGGCUAAAUCCGUAUGGACGGGGUGAUCUCCCAAAAGCCAACACCUUCAAGUAUCUUGGAUUGAUGAUAACUUCAGAUAGCAACCUUUUUGACUUAGUGACAACACAGAUUAGCGUGGCUUGGAUGCAGUGGCGUUAGGUUUCAGGUGAUCAGUAGCAGGUGCCCAACCACCUGAAAUCAAAAAUCUAUCGGACUGUCGUAAGGUCUGCCGCAAUAUAUGGAGCUGAAUGCUGGCCGGACGCAAAGGAAGCAUGUUAUGCAGAUGAGAAUGCUAUGACCUACAGCUGGUGUCACCUGUCUUGACCACAUCCACAACAAUGACAUCCAGCAAUGUGUUGGCAUUGCUCCGAUUGUGGACAAACUACGAGAAUCACACCUCAAAUGGUAUGCUCGUACUUCCCAAGGUGAAGAUCAGUCCAUUCGCAAGAUUGCAGCCAACAACAUAUAAUGGCAGUAUUCGAUGCCGUGUAACCAACUAUAACUAUUAUUGUUAUUGUUAUUGUUAUUGUUAUUAUUUGUACCCCUGCCGUCACAUAGAAUCAUAGAAUCCUAGAGUUGGAAGAGACCUCAUGGGCUAUCCAGUCCAACCCCAUUCUGCCAAGAAGCAGGAAAAUUGCAUUCAAAGCACCCCCCGACAGAUGGCCAUCCAGCCUCUGUUUAAAAGCCUCCAAAGAAGGAGCCUCCACCACACUCCGGGGCAGAGAGUUCCACUGCUGAACAGCUCUCACAGUCAGGAAGUUCUUCCUCAUGUUCAGGUGGAAUCUCCUUUCUUGCAGUUUGAAGCCAUGGCUCCAUAUAUAUUAUACCAAGACAAUAGUUGGCGCAGCAGGAUAAAAUGCUGAGCUGCUGAAAGGUUGCAUGUUCGAAUCCAGAGAGCAGGGUGAGCUCCCUCUGUUAGCUGCAGCUUCUGCCAACCUAGCAGUUCAAAAACAUGCAAGUGUGCGUAGAUCAAUAGGUACUGCUUCUACAGGAAGGUAAGGGGACUCCAUGCAAUCGUGCCACUGGCCACACGACCUUGGAGGUGUCUGCGGCCAACGUCGGCUCUUCGGCUUAGAAAUGGAGAUGAGUACCAGAGUCCCAGAGUUAGACACGAUUGGACUUAAUGUCAGGGGAAGCCUUUCCCUUUACCUAUUCUGAAACUAUUCCCCAAUUAUAAUAAGCAGCAAGAUUAGCUUUAGGUUCUUGUGGUUUUUUUCGGGCUAUAGGGCCAUGUUCUAGAGGCAUUUCUCCUGACGUUUCGCCUGCAUCUAUGGCAAGCAUCCUCAGAGGUAGUGAGGUCUGUUGGAA